AUGACCCAGGAAAAAGUCAAUGGAAUAGGAUGGCAUAUGGUUAAACAAGUUACUUACAGUGCCGAUACUAUUUUAAGACUUACUAAUAUUGAAAGCCAGUAUAUUAUAGAUCAAGUAACUUCGGUGCAAGUUGCUAUGACAGUAUCGAAAACCGUAAACACUGUUCACAAUCAGGAGUCGAAAUCAACAGAAAAUGAGAUAAAUAUAUCUAUCAAUGUGUCAGAUACAAAGUUCCCCAGUAUUUCAGAAAUCGAGGCAAGUGUCUUAGAUACUGAAGCCUCACCUAAAACCACACAAUGGAAAUCUAGUGAGGGGACUAG